AUGGCCGACAUGAUUGAUGGUGGGAGAGUAAUGGAGUGCAGAGAGCUGGAGGCGGCACUGGGGUUGAUGAAGCUUGGCUGGAUGCACAAAAUAGAUGUGUCUGAGCAGCAGCUCCGCAAGACAAGGCUACAGACAUGCAUUCUGAACAGUGUAUUUAAGAUGUCAAGAUUUCCGUCGCCAAAGAGCGUAUUUGAUAUUGCGCUUUUGAUCAAUGUGCAUCCGAAGUCUGUUCAGAAGUGGUUCCAGAAUGCCAGGCAACUGUCGAAGCGAAGGUCUCUGGCUACAAAGGAUACCUGGACGCAAGAUGCGAGUGCUAAGCAUGGCGCCUUUGACAUUGCAAUUGAUGUGCUGGUUGGAAUAGUGCAGACAGAGACUGAGAAAAAGCGUUGUGCCUGA